AUGGGAAAAAGAAAGAGUUCUGAUAAAGGAGGCAACAAGAAUAAGAAGUUUAAAGCAGGAGGAUUUCUUGAUCCAAAUACCAGUGGGAUAUAUGCAACUUGUGCCAGAGGGAAAGAGCAGCAGUGUCGUAAAGAGUUGAUGAACAUAUUCUCUGAUAAGAUCGAACAGCUCUACGAUCUUGACCAGUACAAAGAUGAGCAGUCUGACGAGGAAGAUAAGGAGCUUUCUAUUGAGGAUCAAAUCAAAAAGGAGUUGAACGAUAUGAAACAAACCAACGAAUCCAAGAAGGAAUUCUUAAAGCCAAUCGAAAUAGGAUGUGAGUGUGUUGUAUUCAUCAAGACUCGUAAGCCGGUGCAACCAGAGGAGUUAGUGGAGAAGAUAUGUAAAGAUUGUGUGGAAUCUAAGGAGAAAACAACCCGUUAUACUCUGAAGUUGACUCCAAUCACCUAUUCUGUAUCACCAACAAUUGAAGAGGUUAAAAAGUUAGCAGCCAAAGUGUUAGCACCACACUUCCAUAAGCCUGAAGGACAAGAGCCAGUGAAGUUUGCAAUUCAGGUGAGUAAGAGAAAUUUCAAUACUUUAGAAAGAGGAGAUAUCAUCAAAACCAUUGCAGAAUGUGUUGGUAGAGAACACGGGCAUUCGGUUGAUUUGAAGAAAUACGACAAGCUUAUUUUGGUGGAAUGUUUCAAGACCAAUAUCGGGAUGGGUGUUGCAUCGAAUUAUGAAAAGUUUGAAAAAUACAAUUUGCAACAAAUUUUCGAAAAGAACAUGGGAGAAGAUGAUUUAUCAAGAGUUAAGAAAGAAGAAAAAGACUCCAAAGAAGAGCAAAAGGAAGACGCAAACGCAAAGAAAGAAUAGUUUACAUAUCUGUAUAUAUAGUUGUAUAUUAAUUCAAAUUAUAGACACCGAUUCUUUCACCUGGACAAUGUUUUGCCAGGCUAGCCAAUCUGACUCACUAUUAGGAAUCAACCCCAUUUUAUUCAAUUUCCAAACUCCAACCCCCAUCGAGCCGAGUUGACAUAAAACAAACACGGCCUUGGUAAGAAGAAUAUCUGACUCGUUCCCUUCGGUCUUGAAUUGCUUAAACAUAGAGUUGGUUUCGGUAAAUAUGCUUUGUAAUGGUUUCCAUAAUAACAUCAAGGUCAUCAUGAUUGGAAUCACUUGUAGGGAAUUCCCAGUCAUAUAACUCAUGAUCAAGUUCAUGGGGAUCUGCUUGGCCGGGGCCAAUGCCACCUCCCAUGCUUUCUUGACUUUCAACUCGUUCAAGGUUUCUUCAUCUGGUUUUUGAACCGUCACCGAAGCAUUCUUCUUCUGUACGUUUUCUCUAUCGAAUCCUGGAG